AUGCAAUCGUUGAGAAGGUUACCUCUCCAACGUGCUAUCAACAGAUCUUUAUUUAUUAACAACCACCAUCAUGCUCGAUAUUUAUCGCUAGCAAGACCAUGCUGGAAUGAAAACACAGCCUCCAAAGAAGAGUCUACCACUACUGGCUCAAUUGAAAAAUUUCCUUGGUUGUUGAGCCAAGACUCACCUCGCAUUCCUAAAUAUCCCUAUGAAGAGGCACCCCGUGAUUGGAGUUUCUUGAAUAUGCUCCCAAUGUCAUUACAGCAUGUAUUAGGAAAAUGGUUAGGAACUCGAAUCUUACAAUUGAACACUGGUUAUGACAAUUUCCCCGAGCAAUUUCUAGUUGGAGCAAGUUUAGCCAGUCGACAAGCUGUCAAUUUGUUAUCUGAUCAAAUCAACCACCAGGACAAAAUGGAACAAUUGCAGCAUAUUUUAGGACCAGAUCUCUUGCACCGUUACUUGGAAUCUGUCCCUGCAAACACCAACGUCCACAUUGAUAUUCCUCAAAUCUAUGAUGUGCAUCUAGGUGACAUUUGGAUCACGUUAGGCAACUCGAAUGCCUUUUCAGACGAGCGCAAAUACGAUGUCUUGAGAUGGAUGACAGUUCAGAUUGGAUUGCACAAAUACAAGGGCAAAAGCGAGCUAGAGGAGUCAUUUCAAGAGUACAGAGAACGCAUUGCAAAGAGUAUAUUGGAGGGCGUCCAAGUGGGUGUGGAUGUCCUAGUGGAUGCUGAUGUGACAUACAAAGUAACCAACAAAGAAAACGACAAGGAUGUGCUCUUGUAUGAUGAAGGCAGACGAACAAUGAGAAUGAGAUUUGCUACCCCUUACUUUGAGCCAGCCAGCAAAAUGGUGUCUGGUAGAGACAAAGAAACCGGCGAGCCUAUUAAUGAUUGGAAUUGGCGUCUCGUAGAUAUAGAUCAAUUGUUGGAGAAGGAAGCUAUGGAUGCUGCUGCCAAUGAUGAAUAA